GGUAUAACACAGUUUAUUGUGGAGUAAUUGUUUUCCUCGUGAGACGUCAAAGCAACAGCUCAACAAUGCGAAUGUUCGUUAUUCCUUGUCUCGCCGUGUGCUUGGCAAUGGCCCAUUGUGCUGCCAUCGAUGAGAAGAAAGCUUCAGCCGAUACCGAAGCCAAAGCGGAGGAGGAUAGCAAGAAUGUGGAGAAGCGUGGAUUGCAUCUGGGUGAUUAUCAUGGCCACCAUCAUCAUCAUGAGCACAUCAAGACAGUGACCAUUGAGAAGAAGGUGCCAGUUCCCUAUACGGUGACUAAGCAUGUACCCUACACGGUUGAAAAGAAGAUCCCCUAUGAAGUGAAAGUGGAGGUACCACAGCCCUACAUUGUAGAGAAGAAAUAUCCGGUGCAUGUUAAGGAAUACGUCAAGGUACCCGUUCAUGUGCCCAAGCCCUACAUUGUGGAGAAGAAAGUACCCUAUGAGGUCAAAUAUCCCGUUGAUAAGCCAUACGAGGUGAAAGUACCAGUGCCAGAACCCUAUGAGGUUAUCAAGAAAAUCCCAUAUGAGGUGAAAGUGCCAGUGCCACAGCCCUAUGAAGUUAUCAAGAAGGUGCCACAUGAGGUGAAAGUAGAGGUGCCAGUUCCCAAGCCCUAUGAAGUCAUCAAGAAGGUGCCCUAUGAAGUUAAAGUAGAGGUGGAGAAACCGUAUCCCGUUGAGGUUGAGAAACCCUAUGAUGUUGAGGUCGAAAAACCAUACAAUGUUUAUGUGGAGAAGAAGGUGCCCUAUGAGGUUAAAGUGCCAGUCGAUAAACCCUACAAGGUUGAGGUUGAGAAACCAUAUCCAGUGCAUGUCAAGGUGCCCGUACCACAACCCUACACUGUCGAAAAGAAGGUACCCUACACUGUAGAGAAGCCAGUGCCCUAUGAGGUUAAGGUGCCCAUUGAGAAACCAAUUCCCGUCUACCAUGAGGUGAAGGUGCCCAUUCACAAAGAGAUUCCCGUGCCGCAGAAAUAUCACGUGGAGGUGCCAAUCUUCAAGCAUCACGAACAUCAUCAUGAGGAUCAUCACGAUUAUCAUCAUAGCCACCAUCAACAUCAUUAUUAAGAAUUAUGGGGGCGUUAGCACAGAACGCGAGCACAAGAAGAAUACGAACAUGAACAAGAAAAAGUACGAGAAGAAGAAG